AAUGAGACAGCAACAAUUUUGACAAGUUAUUAAUUGCAUGUAAAGUUUUUUUUCUCCUCCCCUAACUUUUUAAGCAAAUAUCUUGUCGUGUUGUAGGUUAACGUUAGCCCAAGUUACAAAUGCUCCAGGUUAAUUAGUAUACUUGGCACACGUUUUCCUUUGCACGUCAGGCCUCAUUGGCUUAUGGCCGACUACUGCUAUUUAUGAAUCCGAUGUGAAACCAGGAUACACACGGUGAUCAUGUUGUUUACCCAUCAGCUAACUGUGACCUCAGCUCGUUAAAUAAUGAGACUUUUCCUUUGUUCAUCUCUGGCUUGAUAAACGCGGUUGCUGAAUAAAUCUCUUAUCUGAGCAGGUUUCGUAAGUCCUUUUCAUGACAGGGCAUCAUUUACUUUUAAAAUCUAAAGCGUGGUCUGAAAAUGUAAAAACAGUCAGGAAAUUUAAGCAACAGCUUUGUGAGAUAAUGUCAGGUCACUCAACGUAUAUCAUUGUAUCAUUGUUUCCCAUAGUCCAGAACACAGGGACUAUUAACUGUAGCUACUUCAAGAUUGAACUUUUGUUUUUCAGCAUAACUUGUAAUUUGUAAACUUGGAAGUUCUGUUCUGCCUGACCUAUUAUUUUAACUUGCUGUACAGCUCUGUGACUUACACUGAACAGGUCUGCCUUGUUUUAGGAGCAGCAGCACACCCAAAGCAAGCUCCUUUAUUUUCUUAACACACCGUGUGCCUGCUGCAGCCUCAUUACGAACUGUUGACACUCUGUUAAGGCUUUUCCUGCAGAGUUUCACAUGCACGCACCAGGUAGAAUAAGACGAAUAAUGUGUUCAAGCCGUGUGGAGAGUAAUGCACAAAUUGUGAACUCAGCCAUCAUGUAGUUCUGGGAUUCCCCCCUAAAUGUGCAGGACAUGGAUUAACACUAAAAUAUGCGGCAACAAGCACAGACACAGAUCCCUAAAAGGGUUUUACAUCAUAACACAAACUACACACGAAUACCAGGGGGAAAAUAAUUUCAGAGAGAUGAGUCAGGCAGGGCAGGUGCCUGAGGACAUGCCUGCAUACCUCAACAACGAGGCAGAAACGACAGACAACAACAAGGACCACCCACAGACGCAGCCGGGCAUGUUUGGCAGGUUGGCGGGGGGCUUGUACGGAGCCACCAAGGGAGCUUUAGGGGCGACGGUGGGUGGUGUGACCUGGAUAGGAGGAAAGAGUCUUGACCUCACCAAGACGGCCGUUAGCUCUGUGGCCGCUGUGCCUGGGAUGGGAGUGGGGUUUGUUAAAGGAGGAGUGUGCGCUGUAGCUGGAGGAGUGACUGCUGUCGGUUCUGCAGUGGUCAGCAAAGUUCCCAUAGUAGGAGGAGGAGGAGGAGGCAAAAAGAAGGACAAGUCUGACUGAUGUGGAGACAUGGAGCUCAGGAGUUUGUCUCACAUUCAUGAGCAGAAAAAGAGCAACAGAGGACUCAAAGGUUUAGUGUGCACAUUUCAGUGAGGGGUCUGUGCUUUGUUCCCCCCUCCUUAGUUUCUGUUUGUUUGUUUUUAAUGUGAUGGUUGGUAAAUCCACAUUUGUAUGUGUGUGACAAGAAGCUACAAAUGCAAAAACUGACAAAGACCCUACUGCUAUGUUCACACCAAGCUAUUGUCACCUGUGCCUGACAUUAUUCAGAUAAAAUGUCCAUUUUUCAGUUUUGUUAAUAAGUCCCAACAUUAUUUUCACUGUAGGCUGUUGUAUUUGUCACAUCACUUCACUUCAGUAUCAGAAAAGGAGAAAAAGCUCAACAUGUCAAUGCACUUAAAUUUUACUUGCAAGACAAUCACUGAUCAAUGAUGAUCUGUAACAAUGAGGUGUUUCUCCAGGAUUGGAAGUAUUUCACUGACUGACAGACACAUGGGUCAGAAAAAAUGUGUACAGUUUGAUUAAAGGACCUUCCUAUUAUUUCAGAAUGUGUAAAUGAACAGGUAAGGUUUCUAAAGUGCUUUCCACCUGCUGACCUGCUGAUCACUGGUUAGCUUUUGUGACUCUUUCAAUUUUCCUAUUGCCCUCUGGUGGCUACUCAGCUAUUGCAACAAAUAUUGUAUUUGAUUUUAUAUAUUAUACCUUGACUAAAUCUAUAUUUUUAUAGUUACUGUGGCACGUUGAUCAAUGUCACUCUCAAAUCAAAGUGUGUUAACGUUGGUUACAGAGUCUUCAUUAUGGAUUUAAUCUCUCCCACUUAACCAAAGUGUGACAGUUUAGUUCUAAACUAGUGCUCCUUCAUAUUGCUAAUUGUCACUUUGUUUUCUGUUGUAGGAAUCUGAUGGCUGGAUUUCUUGACAUUACAGUCAGAAUUUUUAUUUUUUUCAAUUGUAAAUCUGUAGCGUAAAAUGAUGUUCAAGUCGCGUGAGAUGCAUAAAGAAGGUCUCUGAGCUUUUGUGUUGUCAGUGUUGCAGAUUGUUUGGAAGCUUCCUAAACAAUGAGAAUUUAUUGAGAAUUUAUACAUGGCAAUAAUGUAUUUAGAACUUGUUUAAAUAAAAUAUAUGCCAAAG